GUAGUUCGUUUCUCAGGAGUUGACCAAUUCACUUCAGCUUGCACUGCCUUGCAGAUCAUCCAGUUGGUGGCUGCGAGAGGGCAGAGUCAGUUAAUUUACAUCGACGUCAGUUUGAUGUAUUUUUAAGCCCGCUGGGUGUGUCUACUAGUCAUCUCGGUAUUGUGUCCGAUCAUCAUCAUCAUCAUCAUCAUGAAGAAUAGAUCCGAUGCACUUUUGCCCUUGCAAUUGGACGAAUUCCUUAUCCCGAUUUUAAGCGGGGAUCCGCGUAGCGAUUUGAUCGAAUUCUUCCAGAAAGCUUUUACCCUCACCGUUUUGGAUCCACGCCCUUUCGCCACGCCUUUAGAGUCCCCCUGGGAACGCGUGGAACACUUGAGGUUCUUAUGCCAAGGUCACGGCUUGAGCGACGAAGGUUGGCAGACGUUAUUACGAAAAGGCGUUCGAUCCGUGACUCAUCUCGUUCUUUUGGCCCGGGCCUCUUCUAUCAAAUCUGGGUUUUCAGUGGAUGACCGGAUAGCUUUAACUAAGAUUCAAGCAUUACUGGAGGAGAAACAGCCACUGGAACCCCUUCAUAGUUUCAAGCGAUAUUGGGCCCAUUUGAAGGAGUUGCCCAAGAAUCGACCUCAUCAAGUGCCCUGGAUGGAUUUAGCGUCAGUCAAGAAUGGGAAGAAAAGACUACCAAUCGAUAACAGCAACGGUAGACUUGGAACCAAGCCCUUAGCACACAGCGAAAAACUCGUCUCCCCCAUGCUAUCCACGACUUUGGAAUUUCCUCAGAGGCGGAAGUCUAAGGGACCAGACAGCCUACAUGUUGACGCGCCCAAUUUUGUGCCUAAACCAAAACCAAAACCGAUGGUGCCCCCACCGCCCCCAAGGUAUCCCUUCAAGAGGAAUGGGUACAACGUGCCCUUAGUGUGUCGUCGGUGUGAGGAAAAGUUUUGCUCCAAUGGAAUAGCCUAUGAGUAUUGCCAGGUUUGUUGGCAUACCUAUAAGGCUCGAUCUUCAUACUGCCAAAAUGCCUUGCACGGAUGUGCGUUCACGGGAACAAUGGGCCAACUCGAGAAACAUUUGGCUCAUUGCCGUUAUCAACCGUCCUAUUGUCCGUUUUUUGGCUGUCAUUUCUCUUGUCCUUCUCUAAUUGAGCUCAAGCAUCAUUUAGAGCGUUCUCACUGGUACAACCGGGAGAUGCUGACCCUCACGGAGGUCAUUCCGGCCAAUCCAAAUGUGAGCCGUGAAGCGAAACUAGUUCUCCAGAUUCCUGGUCGAGCCCUUCUUCGUAGAGAUGAGGAGACGCUCCUUCCGUCCUAUUGGUUGGACCCUCCGGAAUUUAUCUUCGACAAUCUGAUCUUUUAUGUAGUCUUGUGUUGCCGCAAUGCUCAAUCUUAUUCCGAGAAUAACUACAACACGAAGCGGUACUUUUUUUGGAUUUACACCUUGUCUAAUGUGGAGACUGCCAAUCAGUAUCACUUUGAGAUUUCAAUUUUAAACUCGUCUCGGCAGCCCUUCUGGAGUAGAGGGAUGUGUCAAUCGGUUCGACGGCCUUUUGGUGAGAUCAUGAGGCGAUUCCAGAGAUCUUUUCACGAAAUUGUGGCCUUACCUCAAGCUCAGCUCAAGAAUGCCGUCAACCAAGAGGGCCUCAUCAAUUGCCAACUGAAGAUCUACAAAUUUUGACUGAAUUCUUUACUACGCCAACUUUCGGGUUUGUAGUAGUGCGAUGAUCCUACUGUCAAGGACAUGAUUCAAAGAUGUUAUCUUCAAUCUAUUGUAAUUGAUAAUUACACGUUUUCUAGUACCUUAAGUCCAUCUUUGUCAAUCAUAGAGAAUAUUUCUGAAAUACAUAUUCAACACAUGUCGUGCAGAAGAUAUAUCUGAACACUUGGAACGACUUGGAAAAACAUUUGAAUACCUGAAAUUGGAGAUGUUCUCACAAGAACCUCUUUGCAGACCUCAUUCUCUUGAGUGUCGGCAUGAGUGAACGAGAGGAUCUCGGUGUUACUGAAGAUCGGGAACAGAGCUUGGAGAAACUCCGAGAAUCGCUUCUCAGCCAAUUUAUGAGAAUGUUCUUUGAAGAGACCAAUGUAGAAAAAUCGGAAGGGGCCAAGCGGAAAAUCCCGUCGUACGAAAAGAAGUUGCCGAUCGCCAAAGGCUUCAACGCCAUUCUUGAGUCGGUGAAGGGGCGAAGUCACGAAGGCUACACGAAAUUGGAUCAGCAAGAGCCUCCUCGAGAUCGACGUCAGAUAAUCUUGGAUCCUCAUGCCCCACUUACCUGGGCCUCCAAGACUCAUUUUGUUCAACGACCUAAUAACACGAAAGAUGUACUGGAUUCCUUGAACGGCGACUUUGAAGGCGAUAUUGUGGAGAGAAGAAUUUCCAUUCGCAAUCGCAAAGAUCCGGACGAUUAUCAGGAUGGAUCGCAGAAAGCCCUAGAUUACAUUGCAACGGAUGAUGAAAGCGAUCUCAAGAAGCGCCAUGAUCCAACCAAAUGUGACUCUCACAUGAAGUUUGUUGGCAUUUUCUUGGCCGCUAUCUCUGGGUUAUUUUUCACCUUAUGCUCGGUGACGGUCAAACUUUUGCCUCGAAUCGACCCCUCCGAGGUGCUUUUAUUUCGAGCCAUUGUGCAAUUAUUCGUUAUCGUACCCAUAAUGAUAUGUGCCAAGGCCAACCCCUUAGGUCCCAAGGGAUUGCGGGUGGUCGUUUAUAUCCAAGGGAUCAUUGGUUGCUUGACCGUGAACUGCAUCUUCAUCGGGUUCGCACGUUUACCCGUUGGAGAUGCGGCCACAAUCAUCUUUUGCUCCCCGAUUUUCGUCAUGGUUUUCAGCCAUGUCAUUCUCCGAGAGCAUUGUGGGCUUUACCGCGUUUUGGUGAUUAGCAUUCUCAUGAUGGGCGUGGUGUUGAUAGCGAAACCUCCAUUUCUCAUGAAAAUGAUCUUCCAAAACGACAACACGGCUCUGACACAAUUCCAGUCCAAUGAUUAUGACGCCCUGGGUUAUGGUGCCGCCUUCUUUGGGACUUUGCUCACCGCCUCCAAUUUCGUGUGCAUGAGAAAGCUCCGCGAAGUCCAUUUUUCUGUCCUUAUUUUCGCCUUCUCAAUCAUGUCCGGAAUCUUGAGUUCCGCGGUUGUGGCCCUGACUGCCGAAUUUAACGUACCUCGUACCUCCGAGGAAUGGACCUUCGCCGUUUUGGUCGGGGUCUUUGGGGUUCUUGGGCAAUCAUUAUUAGCUAUUGCCUUAAAGUACGAAUCCGCCGGUGUCGUCUCGGUGACCAGGAGCAUGGAUAUUGCUGUGGCGUACCUUAUUCAAAUUUCCUACUUUGGCGAUAUCCCCAUUUGGACGAGCAUUCUUGGUGCUCUUAUCGUCAUUCUGGCCGUGUUCACCAUGGCGAUGGAAGAAGGCGUUCUCAUUCUACUUAGUCAGCAUUGUGGAGGACCAGGCUGGUGCUGACCUAUGAUACUUAAACCCUUUAAAUAAAUCG